UUCAGUAAUUGUUUUUCAUAAAUAUUGGCACAAUUUACUUGGAAAUUAACAAAAUUUAUCAUUCAAAAUAAAUCGAUAAUACAUCUUUCCAGAUGUCCCGUUAGAAUGCUUACCCGCUGCAUCAUACUGGUCUAUUUAUUAUAUUUUAACAAAAUCAUUUUUGCUGGAUCCGAAGAAAGACUGGUACAGAAAACAGAGAAUUUGGCUAUAGGAGCCUGCAGUCAAUAUGAUACAGGAUUUUGCUCACGACAAGUAGAAAACAGUAUUUGUAAUCAUGUGAAAAACGAAUGCUUCUGUCGCAAAGGUUUUGUAGCCAUACGGGAAAAUGGCAGAGUUACAUGCAAAACACUACUCACCGACCUAAAAUGUCGAGUAGAUCGUGACUGUGUACAUGUCAAUCGAAGCAGCUGUCAUCCUGGUGCUGGCUACUGUUCCUGUCCUGGAAGUACUAUAUAUGUCCCUGAGAGACAUGCAUGUAGGUCAAGAUUUGUUUAUCCAAAUGAUCCGAUUUGUGAUGCUUGUAUUCAGCUGAAAGGAACAUGCUACAAAUAUGAAGCAUUUGAUAAAUUCACUGUUGAUCAAAGAAUUAAUCCUAACGGAGUUGGUUGUGUUUGCCCAGAUCACCGAGUGUCUAUUAGCACACGAUCAGCUGACCCACUGAAAUAUAUGUGUGAUGGAAAAUUAGUUGAUAUAGGAUCAGAAUGUGAUGAUGAAUCACAUUUUUGUCGUUCAAUGAAUUCAAUUUGUAAACCUGUACAGGAAGACCUAGCGUUAACCUCUGUUCAUUUACACGGGGUUAAAAGUAAUUUAUGGUCAGAGAACCUCUCAAGUGGAGAUCGUUCUCGUAGAUAUCAAAUUAUACGAACUUGUCAAUGCAAACCUGGAUCAUUAUCUGUAUAUCAGACUAACUUAAAAUACAAUGAAUGUUUUAAAAUCCUACCUAUGAAGGCGAAACGUUGUCAGAAAUGUGUCGAUACAGGAGGUCAAUGUUAUGAUUUGAAUGAUGACGGUACAGGUGAUGGCUGUGAGUGUCCACCAAGUCUUUCACCAAUUGUAUUCGGAAAAGAUAAUUCCGAAAUCUAUUGUGGAAUGGCCCAUGUUUCUGUUAAUUGUACGAAUGGACAUUUUGGUGUUUGUUAUUAUCCGCAUACUUAUGGACCAUACAGCAAUUUAUAUGAAGACUUGAUUAAUCAACGUUCUGUGGUCCGGUUAGCAUCGGAUAAUUAUUUUAUACAACCGCUUUUACUUCACACUGUUAACUCUGUUCCCAAUGAUAAAAAUGAUACAUAUCAUUACUCAGAUUCUGAAGAUCAAUGUUCGCUGAAGGUAGAAAACAAGACAGUGGUUACAGAAAGUGCUUAUAUAGAAGAUUCUAUACCAUACGGUAAUUAUCACUCCACCACUGGUCAGAAGAAGAGAUUUUGUUUGAACAUCGAUGUUUGGCGAAGACAUAGUCUAUGCGGUAUUAGAUUAUAUAAAUUAAGUCAUGAUACUGUACAAUACGAGGGAAUUUUAGAAGUUCUUAUCAAUAAUGCCAUGCGCACUCCCAGCAGAGAUAAAAUUAUUCCGCUUAAAUGUAUCUCUAGAACACCUAUUAGGCCAAUGAUUCAAGAAAGCGGAAUUUCACAGACAACUGGUACACUGAUGAAUCCAUUAGAGGCUUCAACACGUCCACUGAUAAGUUUGCGUAUACUGAGUGAAAACAAUAAAGAAAUCAUUACAGCAUUUGUUGGUUUACGCAUACGCUUGGAUGCAUUGUUGCUUUAUCCCUCAGGGCCCUACAAAACUAUUGCUGCUGAAUACUGUUAUGGCAAUAACAGGUCUAUAUAUUCGGAGCAGUUGGCACGUGAAACAGGCGUAUUGCUAAUAGACCAAAGGUGUUCAAAUAAACAGCCCUUAUUAAGUGCAAAAUUUUCAAAUACCGGUUUAUCAAGUGACCACUUGCAGAGUGAUAUGUUCCCAGCCUUUCGAAUGGGUAAUAUGACUUUGGUAUUUUUCACUUGCGUUUUCAGAAUAUGCCAGUUACCUACAGACUGCGAUCAGGCAAACUGUAAGAAAAAUGACAACUUGCAAAGACUUACACCAUCAGAAAUCUAUAGCAAAAUGAAUUUAAUACCACAUUAUGGUCGUAAUGAAAAUACUUAUUCACCGGUCAAUGAAGUUAAUCACAUUUACAAGGGUGAUGGAUACUUCCUAAGAGUAUACACAUAUGCUCAUAUUGAAGUUAGCGAAAAGCAACACAAAGUCAUAGAAAAUAACAACAACAAAGAAUUGAAUUCGAAUUAUUUAGUUUCUGACCGUCAAACAGAAAUGAAGUCCACCUCAUCACUGGCAUCAACACGCGAUAGACCGUUGUGUAAUUACGCUUUAUGUCUGACAACACUACACUUAACCUGGAUAUUACUGUGUUUAUUUAUAAUACUAACUUUAUUUUGCGUAACUUUAAUUUUAGUCUAUCGUAAAUAUCAAUUAUUUGUAAGUAAGCGAACAUUUGAUAAACUGCAUAAACAACAACAUAACCAACAUAUGAUGCAGUCGUCAACAGUUUUAACCAAGAAUUGUUACAGUCAGCAUUCUAGUCCGUCCAGACAUUAUGGUAAAGAUUGUUAUCAGUCGAACUACAUAUUAAAUCCUGAUUUGAAUUUUAAUUCUACAAUAAUGAAUCAUGACACCUUAGAUUUACAAACAUCUUUUCAUUUGAAUCCUCUUACAUAUCCAUCCAUUUCUUCAUCCACACCUCUUCAGACCUCGUCGUCCCUACCGUUAUCAUCUUCUGCGUUCACAUCUGGUGGAGUAGUUAGCCCAUCAGAAACAAAGCGUAACUUCUGUGACCCUGUCCACACGACAAAUAGUAAUAUAGCAUUUAUUUUGAAAAAUCCUAAUGCUUUAAAACAAAACAACGUGUUUUGUGAAAACGUUGAAAUGUCAUGUCGCAAACUGUCAUCACCUACAAAACUAGAUGAUUCCACUGGCUUACUAGCCAAACCAACAGCUCAAACAAGUACUACACACAGUUGUCAUUGUCAGAGUUUAAAACAUCAGCAUAAUUAUCAUCAUCAUCCGCCCCAUCAGCAUCAAUAUGUAAAUGAUUAUCUGAAAAUAAUGUCAUCAGACGACUGUUUAAUACACUCAUCUCAUAUUAUGAGAGAUGAUUUAUUAGGAAAUUCAAACUGUACAAGUCAACAUGAAACAGAUAUGAUUGAUUUAUUUCCUGGUUCACAAUUAUCUCAUAACCAUGGUAAUAAUACAUUCUUAUGCAUACAAAAUAUACCAUCAAAGGUAUUCAGUCAAGAGGAUAAACCUACUGUUACAUGUUCACUACCAGCAUCACAAUUUUAUUCAUUCCAGAAACCGAAAAAUAACAGUAAUUUGAUUGAAUCCAACAAUAAAGUAUCAGAUUUAGUGACAUUGAAAAGAAAACCAAAAUCACAUGAAAACUAUUUUAAAAAUGACAAUUCACUGGCACACUUGCUUCCAGAAUAUCAACAUCAGCUUCAGUGUUCAGGUUCAAUGAUCAUAGCCAAUAACAAACCGCAGACUUCUGCUAAUAAUACUUUCUCUUUAUGAGAUGAAACUACUUUUACAUAUCAAUGCAAUUUAUAUAUAUAUAUAUAUUCUUGUAUAUACAUUAACUAUCAACGAAAAAGUUUAUUGAAUCAGCUGAAUUUAUUUAUAUUUAUUCAAUAAAUGGGAAUAGACACUUUCUUCUGAGGUUGUUUUUGUAUAAAUUAACAUACAUUUUU